GCUAUAUUUCCGCGUAUGUCAACUGUUAUUCAUUUCGUCGUGGUUUUGCUGCUCAGUGAAUGCUGGGGAAGGUCAUAUUUCAAAUAUCCAGUUUAUCAGUACAAACGCAAAGCGACAAACGAGCAGUUAUAUCAGAGAGCUACAGAAAAUUGCACUGGCGUAUGUUCUUCUGAUGACAAUAGGAUAUCCCUACUUGAACACACUAAAUGCAUACGCCGUUGCUUAAGUCAAAGUUGUUACGAUCAGUUAUAUGGUUUUGAUGAGCUAGAAGAAGGAGAAAUAGACGUAAGACAAACCUCUUUCAAAGGUUGUGUGCUACAGCGACUUAAGGAGAAAGGUUAUCGCGUAAUUUAAAACCAUGCAAACAAAUUCAACGUCACAUUAUUAUACCCCAACAAAUCCAGCAAGUUCCAAUUCAGAGGAAGUACUAGAUGAGUUAGUUCCAGCGUUGGUUCAAUGUUUCGGUGUUAUUUUCCUGGGAUAUCUUGCUGGCCGUUGGAGAAUCCUUCCUGAAUCCCAAGCUAAAGGACUUGGUUCAUACGUCACCAAAUUUGCUUUGCCUUCAGUAUUUUUCCGAGCUAUGGUGACAAUGAAUUUUGCUGGAGUUUGUUGGCUGUUCGUUUUAGCUGUAUCUAUUAGCAAAUUGAUUGCCUUUUUAAUGGCAAUGAUAUUCACCUUUUUGAUUAGUCGACGUUGUCAUCUAGGCAUAGCUGCUAUUGUCGCGAUGUUUGUAUCACAGUCAAAUGAUGUGGCGCUGGCUUAUCCUAUACUCAAUGCUCUUUUCCCAGAUUUGGCUAGUUAUGUAUACCUGUUCGCCCCUGUCCAGUUAGUUGUCCUUAAUCCCUUCGCCUAUUUCCUUUUGGAAUUGGAACGAGUUAAGUCGACUGAUGAAGAGUGCACCCCUUUAGUGGCUAGAGAUAGAAAAGAGAAGAAGAUCAUCAGUGGAACAAGUUCUAGUUUAACACCUUCACGAAGCAGUAGAUUUCGUCAAUUUGCAAAGGUUCUCUUCAAUGUGCUCAAAAACCCGUUGUUCUUUAUGACUGUAAUCGGUGUCAUAUUUAAUUUCAUUCUCAAACAUCAUCUGCCUGUUUAUCUGGAUGCUUUGCUCAAAGUUAUCGGUAAUCUUUCUUCGCUUGUUUUCUUUUUACGGUUUAUUCUUUAA